UUUACAGCUGUUUAUUUGAUAUAGGUAUACUAGUUUUAAAGUCACAAGAAAGAUGAUCGGUUUAACGAUAGUUUGGUGUACCGCAGUGGUCCUGGCCACUCCCCAAAACCAGAAUUCCCUCCCUACGAUUAGCAACAGUUUACCCUCUGAACUCUACGCUUCCUCUACGUCAGGUGCGUACGUGUCCAGGAGAAAUAGAUUUUCAAUUAGGUUUAGCAAUCUCUCUGCCAUGCUCAGUCCCACGGUUGACAGAUGCGAGCUUCUUAUUCGAGUUCUUGAUUCUACACUGGACGUCCCGUCUGUGCAUUAUCGAAACAGAAGUCACCUGACCGAACUCCGGACAGAACAAAAUCUUCAAGAUGGAAUGAUUCAGGUCAUAUCUCUCAACAGAGAUGUUGUUUACGGGCUUUCUCGUGGAUUAGAUCUUAUUGUUACAAGAAACAACCUCGACAUACAUGACAGUACGACUCCAAUGUUAGUUGCUUAUGGAGAUAACUCUCACGAGGUUGUAGACCUGCAAAUGUUUCUGGGAGAUGAUAUUGACGAUAGUAGCCGAGUGAAACGGGAUGUGACUUCAAAUAUGGUCGAUCCUGACGAUGUUGCCCAUUCGCCGUGUCAUCUAGAAGAACUUUGGAUGGAUUUUCCAAAAGGGAUGCACCCUGAAAUCGUAAACGUUCGCCAGUGCGUGGGCUCAUGUAGCUCCGUUGGACAUUCAAAAGAAGCCAACAGUCACACUAUAGUGCAGGCUCACCUGGGUGUAAAAAGGCCCGGAGAGACACACGUACCGAGUUGUUGUGUUCCAGUGGAGUUCAGAUCCAUGUUUUUCGAAAAAGAUCUCAGGAGAAAAGAAGUUCAGAACCUGAUAGCAACGAAAUGUGGAUGUCGUUAGGAUAAGACCCUGACUGCAAUCCUGUCUAGUUCUCUUAUUCUACAACUGAAUCAACAAUCCAGUUCCAUAGGGAUACUUCCGCCUCAGAGAUACGCCGCCUGCCUCACCACUUCGUCUCAAUCAAGUCUAAAAGCUGAUUUUGCAUCGUUGAAUUAGGGCCACACGUCCGAGGACACAGAACUAUAUCGCCUCCCCUCGCAGGCAACGUAAACAGAGCCGGCUGAACAUCUUGUUCGGCAGCCAAGCGUCACGUGACAGGAGUAACUGUAACACGCCAAACAUUUACCAUCGAGUAAAUCCAAACGACGAAUUUUAUUUAGACUUUUUCAUUAUUUAUUACUUUUUUGUAUGUUGUGUCAAAUUUGCCGGACAUUCGGACAAACAGCUGUAACCCCGCACGUAUUUGUAAUAAAUUAAAUAUCAGUAGCCGAGAAACUUUUUAGCCGAGAAACUUUUUAGCCGAGAAACUUUUUGGCCGAGAAACUUUCUAUCAAUCCCGCUGAAACCUGUUGGAAUAUGAAAGUUUUUCACUUUCUCCAGAAAUCAGGAGGCGGAUGUGCUCUUAGAGGGCAUAAAACUGUAAUUAUGAUUAUAUUGUCAUAAUUUAGUAAUCAUUGCCCUUAGUCGAUUUAUCGUGAUAGCACUUGUUCUGAACUCAUUUUAAAACAUUUUUUGUAAAUUUGAGCUAUAAGAGCACAGGGGAAUUGGAAUAAUUAACUUAGUUUCUGUUAUUCUCGUUCAUGUAUGGAUGAUUUUUAAUUAUGGUUGAAUUAUGAGUGUUACGUGAUAAUGAACUGACGGCUUAAACAUUCAGUAAAAGAUUCAGUAAAAGAUAUGAUAGUUGCAUGUUUACAGAUAGCGCAAUAUUUGUUUGUUGAAUUGUCUUAAAUUAUUUGUAGUAUAGUAUUAGUAACUUGUUUUUUAAGAUAUUUUACAGUGAAAUAGUAAAAUUUGUGUAAAUUAUGUAAAUUUUGGAGGUUAUUGUGAUAACACAAAAUCGAAAGUUCAAAAAAAUUAUAUGUUAUUGGAUAAUCUUUUUUUGGUGAUUGUCCUACAGUUUUACUACUUAACACACUUUUUACAUGCUAUUUCACUUUUAUAACACAAGAGUUGUGCGAAAAGUUUUUAACCAGAUUGCGCGUGACAAAAAAUGUGAUAGUAUCUAACAUGGAUGAUCUUGUUCAACCAUCGGAAAAAGAAAACUUGAUGUGAUCUUACAUAAACUUCUUUAAUGAGUCAUUGAACCGUUCAGAACCGUUGUAAUUCCCGUAGCAAUUCACAAAUACCACCAUCACGUGCAAUUUAAAGACAGCUUUUUAUAUAUGGUGUAUAUCAGUUAGUUCGUAGAUAAAAAUAAAUUAUAAUUAUUUUUCCGUGAGAAAUGGGAGCCUUUCACCUUAUCGACAAUCAUCCAGACAGCAUUUAUGUG